AGCUGUACAUCAUGCUGGUGGAGGUGUUUGAAUCAGAACACUCCAGAACCAAGUACUUCUACCUGGCAGGGUACGGGGUACCAGCUGUUAUUGUGGCCGUCUCCGCUGCUGUGGACUACAGGAGCUACGGCACAGACAGAGUGUGUUGGUUGCGGUUGGACACAUAUUUUAUAUGGAGCUUCAUAGGCCCUGCCACGCUCAUAAUAAUGCUGAACGUGAUCUUCCUGGGUAUCGCCCUCUAUAAGAUGUUCCACCAUACAGCUAUCCUCAAACCAGACUCUGGAUGCCUGGACAACAUCAAGUAAGUCUGUGUGUGUUCAUGCUUGUGUCUGUUUGGACUGUCCGUGUGAUCGUCUUUUAUUGUCAUUAUUUAGUCACUAUGUCAUUAUUUAGUCACUAUGUCAUUAUGUCAUUAUUUAUUCACUGUCAUUAUUUUGUCACUAUGUCAUUAUUUAGUUACUAUGUCAUUAUUUAGUCACUAUGUCAUUAUUUAGUCACUAUGUCAUUAUGUCAUUAUUUAUUCACUGUCAUUAUUUUGUCACUAUGUCAUUAUUUAGUUACUAUGUCAUUAUUUAGUCACUAUGUCAUUAUUUAGUCACUAUGUCAUUAUGUCAUUAUUUAUUCACUGUCAUUAUUUUGUCACUAUGUCAUUAUUUAGUUACUAUGUCAUUAUUUAGUCACUAUGUCAU